CCCCACGCAUUGCUGCGACUUAUCUUUCAUCUCUGCUUUUAUUAAAGACAAAACUUCCAUGCAGGUGUUGACAAAUACUGUUGCGUUUCGCCACGCGAAACCGCGUCUGUCGGUUGAGGUGAAGAAAGAACGCAUUUUAAACUGGGUCUGCUUUGGUUUUUCACGGGAAGGGUGCGUUUUAUGGGGUAUGUGAGCCUGGGACCGCAGUAGAUAAGACACACUUAUCAGUAUCCAUGAUCCAUGGGGUGUUGCUGUCAGCCAAAGAGCUUCGGUCAUUUUAAAGGCCGACCAUGAAAUGUGGUUGUAUUGACCGUUGUUGGCGUCAAAAUGUGACAGGUGCUUCCGCUGAGCUGACUGUACACAGCAUAGGUUGUGUGGAGUGUAAACUGAACUGUUUGAUGACCAUGCAUGCAUCGGCCAGACGUUUCAAAGGUCACAGGACCAGCCGAUGAGACUGAGCUUUACGAGUUUGUCUAUAAACAGGACGUGUCCUGAGGAACCGGCUUUUGAAGUGGACACUGAAUGCCUGGAAACAGAAAAUUUGUGUCUCUGCAUUUUAAAGCACCUGAAGGAACUGAUGAGAAUUUUAAAUGGGUUGGACUAUUUUAUUUAUUUUUUUUCUGUUGUUUUGAAAUCACCCUCUGGGUCCCAGUGCUGUGUGUUCAUAUUUAUUAUUUUUUGGGGAACAUCUGUCCCAUAAGUGACCAAGGACCGUAGAGCACAUCUGUAUUACAGCUGCAGAGGUUCCUGACUUGAGCACUGGGCCCCAGCUGCUUUACAGUGCGCAGAACAUACCUGAUGCCAAAUACUGAAAAAUACUGGAUUCGAGCCGCAUGACCAUGUUCUGUGCAUCACACCAGCGCUCAUGUAUUCAAAGGGUCAGUAAAGAUGGCCUUGCACUUCUCAUCACGAGGCUUUUUCCCGCAGUUCUUUCAUGUGUGAAAUAUGCAGGCUUUUAUUUGUUUUUUUCUUUGAAAUGCUUAAAUUUCAACAGGUGUCGAGGAUUAACACCGAGGUUAUCGGAGACGAGGCUCGCGUCGGCCAAUCGAGCGGCGGCGUCUGUUCAAAGCCAGCCUGCGUUAUCAGGGGAAGUCUGUGGAAGACGCUGUUGGUGGAGCGUGGCUGCGGGACUGUGCGCCGAUGGCCGUCUCCCCCAUGAAGAAGGGCCGUCUGGAGCCCGUGCCCCGGAUGCAGCCGGCCAUGAUGAUGUUCUCCAGCAAGUACUGGGCCAGGAGGGGCCUGUCUCUGGACUCAGCCAUGCUGGACCAGCAGCGGGGGGCAGCCCCGGGGCCACGCCGGCCCUCCUUCGGCCCGAUCGAGGAGAAGGACCGGGACAGCAGGGUGCAGGCGGACGAGUCGGGGAAGACCACGGUGGUGAUCGCCCUGAAAAACGACAUCGGCUGCCUGGUCAAGGCCCUGCGGCUCUUUCAGGAGAAGGGGGUGAACCUGGCCCACAUCGAGUCGCGCCGGUCCAGGCGCAGGGCCUCUGAGGUGGAGAUCUACGCCGACUGCACCUGCAGCAAGGGGGAGUUCAGCGACCUGGUGCAGCACCUCAAACUGCACCUGAGCACCGCCUCCCUGAACGCACCCGAGAACACGCUGUCCGAGGAGGAAGAGCUGGACGAGGUGCCCUGGUUUCCGCGUAAGAUCUCGGAGCUGGACCAGUGCGCCCACAGGGUCCUCAUGUACGGCUCGGAGCUCGACGCUGACCAUCCGGGCUUUAAAGACACCGUUUACCGCCAGAGGAGGAAAUAUUUCGUGGAGGUUGCCAUGAACUAUAAAUUCGGACAGCCCAUCCCCCGUGUGGAGUACACGCCGGAGGAGGUGAGGACGUGGGGCGUGGUGUUUCGCGAGCUCACCAAGCUCUACCCCACCCACGCCUGCCGCGAGUACCUGAAGAACCUCCCCCUCCUCUCAAAGCAUUGUGGGUACCGGGAGGACAACAUCCCCCAGCUGGAGGACGUGUCCGUCUUCCUCAGAGAGAGGUCCGGAUUCUUGGUGAGGCCCGUGGCGGGAUACCUGUCGCCCCGGGACUUUUUGGCGGGGCUGGCGUACCGCGUGUUCAACUGCACCCAGUACGUGCGGCACAGCACCGACCCGCUCUACACGCCCGAGCCGGACACGUGCCACGAGCUGCUGGGCCACGUGCCCCUCCUGGCGGACCCCAAGUUCGCCCAGUUCUCCCAGGAGAUCGGCCUGGCCUCGCUGGGCGCCUCGGACGAGGACGUGCAGAAGCUGGCCACGUGCUACUUCUUCACCAUCGAGUUCGGCCUGUGCAAGCAGGAGGGGCAGCUGAGGGCCUACGGGGCCGGCCUGCUGUCCUCCAUCGGGGAGCUGAAGCACGCGCUGUCCGAGAAAGCCGCCGUGAAGCCGUUUGAACCCAAAACCACCUGUUACCAGGAGUGCCUCAUCACCACCUUCCAGGACGUGUACUUCGUCUCCGAGAGCUUCGAGGAGGCCAAGGAGAAGAUGAGGGACUUUGCCAAAACCAUCCAGCGGCCUUUCUCUGUGUUCUACAACCCGUACACCCAGAGCGUGGACCUGCUGAAGGACACGCGGAGCAUCGAGAACGUGGUGCAGGACCUGCGCAGCGACCUCACCACCGUCUGCGACGCGCUGGCCAAGAUGAACAAGUACCUGGGCAUUUAGCUGCCCUCCCACCCCC